CGCGCACCACCUCUCGGGAACCCGCAGGUCUCGCGUUGUUGUUCCGGUCGGAAUUACCCGGAGGCGCAAGCCGGUAUGGCUGCGCUAGUAGUGAGAGGAGUUCGGGACCUGCUGAAGCGUGCGGACUUCGCGACGGUCCCGCGGAGAUAUCGAUAUAAGAAGAAGUGGGCUGCCACAGAACCCAAAUUUCCUGCCACUCGACUGGCUCUGCAGAAUUUUGACAUGACCUAUGGUGUACAGUUUGGGGAUCUUUGGCCAUCAAUCCGGGUCAGUCUCCUCUCAGAGCAGAAGUAUGGUGCACUGGUCAAUAACUUUGCUUCCUGGGAUCACGUGAGUGCUGAGCUGGAGCAACUGAAUGCCAGGGACUUUGUGAAUAAAGCCCCUUCUCAUGGGGAACUGGAGCCUGAGAAUGGCCAAACUACAGCUUCAUUCCCAGCUUCCUCGGACUGUAGUCCAAACCUUCGAUGCUUCACUUUUACCAAAGGGGAUGUCAGCCGUUUCCCUCCUGCCAGGCUUGGCAGCCUGGGUGUCAUGGACUACUACUUAAUGGAUGCUGCCUCCUUGCUACCUGUCCUGGCCCUUGGCCUGCAGCCUGGUGACACUGUCCUUGACCUAUGUGCAGCCCCUGGGGGAAAGACACUAGCAUUGCUUCAGACUGGCUGUUGCCGCAAUCUUGCUGCCAAUGAUCUUUCCACCUCUCGAACAGGCAGACUACAGAAGAUCCUUCACAGCUAUGUACCUCAAGAUAUUAGGGAUAGGAGUCAAGUUCGAGUCACCUCAUGGGAUGGCAGGAAGUGGGGAGAACUGGAGGGGGACACCUAUGACCGGGUGCUGGUGGAUGUUCCCUGUACCACAGACCGCCAUUCCCUUCAUGAGGAGGAGAACAACAUUUUUCAGCGGUCAAGGAAGAAGGAGCGACAGAUGUUGCCUAUGCUGCAGGUGCAGCUUCUCGCGGCUGGACUCCUUGCCACCAAACCAGGAGGCCACGUUGUCUAUUCCACUUGCUCACUCUCACACUUACAGAAUGAAUAUGUGGUGCAAGGCACCAUUGAACUCCUGGCCAAUCAAUAUAGUAUCGAAGUUCGGGUGGAAGACCUGACUCACUUCCGAAAGCUUUUCAUGGACACCUUCUCUUUCUUCCCAUCCUGCCAGGUUGGAGAACUGGUAAUCCCAAACCUCAUGGCCAAUUUUGGGCCCAUGUACUUUUGCAAAAUGUGUAGACUGACAUAGCAUCACCCUGUUCCUGAAGCCCUGGUGUUGGAAGACAAAGGGUGUAUUCUUAUGGAGGUACUGGAAACAGACCAGUGGCAAAGAUGCCCUCUAUUCUGUUCAAAUCUUUCUAUUGACAGUUUUCAGCAAUAGGAAGUCAGAGUUUUUCUGUCAUGCUGUCCAGUUGUGGAGCAUCAGCAGGUUUCUAACUCACUUAUUACACCCCACCCCCACUUCCCAUUGCCAAGCCUGUACUAAAGUUUCCUACCCCAUUAGGAGGAGAAGCCAGUGAGCAGGCCCACACUUUAAGCUGUAAACUUGGGAAGAAGUAUUUAGCCAAUAAAAUUGAAGCUCCAUAGAGCUGGGGCUGUAGUAGGGGGCCUCAUGUCAGUCUAAGUAGUUAGUUGCACUUGUACCAGCUGUUGCACUGUGCACUAGCUCCCGAGUGUCUAAAGCCCAGGACCUCAGCCUGGUUACAGGCCUCUGGUUACAGGGCCCCUCUCACACUUGAGCUGAGUUCUGUGUGAUCAGUCUUGAGCAGCAAGUGGGCUCAAACAAGCCUACCUAGUUUCUCCAUAUGGCCCAUAAUCUAAUUUAAGAAACAAGGAACUAAAAAUGUUAAGCCAAUGAAUAAUAAUCUGCUUACUUACAUUGAGAAAGCUCUCCAGAGCUGAGUAAUUCCAGCCAUUCUUCCUGCUGUCAACAGCACUGCUACCCAGUUGUGGCUGGAGAAGCUGUUCUGCCACAGGUAGAACAGCUGUGAUACCUCUUUGUGUGUUUCUUUUAUUGUUCAUUCCUUUAGCAUGUAUUUCUCAAGCUCACGUAUGACAAACAGGGAGCUGCUAGAGAUGUAGUAGUUGGGAUUGUGGGGGAUAACGUGGCCUCGUUCUUCAGAAUGCCAGUUCUUCUCCUGUUUUAUGAGCAUCUAGGAAACUCCUAAUGUCUUGUUUUGUUAUAUUCUGGGUUUUUUUUUGUUGUUGUUGUUGUUGUUUUAGUUUUUUCCUUGUUCCUGAUCUGUGGCUGAGCUCUGGUGCCAGUUCUUUGGCCUACAUGAAACACUCAAAGCUCUUCCCCCAGCAUCAUAGGGCUUUACCUCACGCAGUGUUUGGGAGCAACAUCACAUCAUUUACUGAUUGCAUGCUAGUUAUAUUGUUUUAGCACAAAUAAGGCAAUCCUUUAAUGACAGGGAUAUUAAAAAUUGCUUAUGGUCACUUGCAGAUAUUGCUUUAUUAAACAAUUUUUUCCCCCUGAAAAACUGGCUUUUGUGUAGAAAAGGGUGCGUAAUUUUAGAAUACUUGUAUUCUUGGUUUUCUCACUUUCCUUAUCCCUCCUCUUCCUGUCACUGUUUUUAUGCCUUUCCUGCUAAUCCUUGUUUGGGUAUUAGAGGUAUCAGCUGAGAAGGACUUUAAAUGUGGUUAAGCCUUCUCCUUUCUUGAGAUUUGCAUUGUAACUGAGGGCCCAGGAAGACCUUCCAGACUCAAAUCCUAAUUAAGCUAGGAAGAUGGAGCUCCAGGGAGUAGGAACCUAAUUAGCCUCAUGUGGUCCUGCCUGCUGUUUACUCUUUACUCUGUAUUUGCUGAGGUGGGGAAGUCUCAGGUGCUUGGGCUUCUGCCCCUGUUCCAGGCUGGUGCUAAUCGAAUGCUAAGCAGUGAUAAUCCAAGGGGAGAGGGUCCUCUGCCCCUGGGUCCUUGUUUCUGGUCUGUGGCUAAUUGGGGACAAACAAACUCAGGUAAGAAAAACAGAGAAGUACUUUGGAAAACACUUUAUCUUCUGUAAUUGAAUAUUUAUCUAGUUUACAACCCAGCUAUUCCAAUACUUGGGAUAACCAAGAGAAACUCUUAGAUGUACACCAGGAGAAUUGUAUAAAAAUGUUCAUAGCAGCCCUGGUCAAAAAAGCAAACUCAAAUGCCCAUGAGUAAGAGAGUAUACAAAUAAACUGGAAUAUUCACACAGUGGAAUAUUACACAGCUGUCAAAUGAACUACAGUGACAUAACAAUAAGGAUGAAUCUUAGCAAUAAAAUAUUAAAUAAAAAAGUUUAGCCCCAAAAGAUUAAAUGUAACAUGAUGCUCUUAUUAUUUACAUACAAUAUAAUUUAAUUUUAAAUGUACUGUUCAAUGAAUUUUGGUAAUUGUAUAUAAUCUGUAACCACCAUCACCAUCAAAAUAUAGAAAACAAUUCCAUCCCCUAAAAA